AUGCAGAGCCAGCAUUUGGCCAGCCAGCCAGCCAGCCCGACUUGGACCUGGUCUGUUUGGCCAGCCAAUUCAGUUGCGUCGCCGAGCCCGAAGAGAAAACACCAUACCUACUAGCCACCAUCCAACCACCAGCUACCACCAGUUAUCCAGUCAGUGCCACUUCCAAUAACCACCGUGAAAGUAACCACCGGUGGCCGCUCAACGUCGCAGGUUAUUGAAAAGGAAACUGCAAUUUAUUGCAAAAUUAUAUGCACUUUUACUUGUUGUGGCCGUAGCCGCCAAAAUUGCUUUACAUAAUUCCCCCACGGCGGACAUGUACAAGCACACGGUCAAGUCGAAGCUGGCCCAGGUGCGGAGCACUCCUCCGGCUGAAGCCCAGCCAGCCACAAGUCCUCUAUCCAAGCACGGACUGGGAGCUGGCAAGAAGUUCUUCUCACACAUUCGUCACAAGAUCGAGGACAAUCUGACGCCGAAGCUGAGCGGAAAACUGUAUUACAAAGGCAGCAAGCACAGCAGAUCCAUGAGUGCCCUGUCCACGGUGGAUGGAGGAUGUGUGGGCGGGAAGUACACACCCAAGGCAGUGGCCCUCAGUCCCAGCCCUCUGCAGAUGCCCAGCAGUGUCCUGACCAGCAGCGUCUACAGCUACAUAGAUAGCGACGAGGAGAGCCAGCUGAGCCUCAGCCUCAGCCUGACACAGCAGUCCCUGGAGGACGAGAUCUUUGCCGAGCUGGAAAAGGUGGCCCACGACGAGACCAAGCUGAACGAGGUGCUCCAGAGCUUCGACCAUUUACUCAACGAAUACCAUCCUCCAGUCUCCGAGGAGCUACCUGCUCCGCCCGCCGAGUUUUGCGAUCGCCAGCCCAUGCUCUCCAAGUCUCACAGUACCCUGAGCAUCAACAGGAAUAUAAGCCGCAUGCAAGUGUACCAGUCCCCGGAGUUGGCAGGAUCAGUGCUGCUGAUGCGCGGAGGAGGAGCAGGAGCCGCAGGUGGCGGGGACUCCAGAUACAACUCCUUAAACGACCUGAAUGGCAGCAGGAUUCCUCUUCGCAAGCAAUCGAAUCUCCGCAAGCGCAGCGAAAGCUUCUGUCUCGAGCAACCAUUGCCAGUUAGAGCUCCUGUCAAGCAGCAAAGGACCCGAUCCUUGUUGACACUCAACACCAUAGCACGUGGAAGAACUCCAGCAGUCCAGCCUCCACCCUCAGCCGCAGUAACGAUGCCCAAAAGAGCCAACUCCAGUCUGGAGAAGCGACUUACUCCGACAACAAAACAGACCCCCCGAAGAGCCAAUUCCACAGUGAAGCCUGGGACGACAAAAGCCAAGUCACCCAAUGCCCACAGCGAUGAGCUGCUGGUCAAGUGCCUGGCCAAAGGGCAGGACAUACUGCGCCAGGUGGAGAGCAUGAAUCCCAAGCCCAAGAGAAGCAGCAGUCGGGGUGUCACCAAGGAGUACUCCCAGAUGGUGAGGAACAAAAAGAAGCUACAGAAACUGCAGUACGCCAACGAGGAGAAGGUUGGCCGGCCCAAGCUAGAGUCCUGCAAGAUCAUACCACCGAAGCUGGGCGAGACCUCGGACAAGAACCAGGAGCUUCUCGUCAAAGUGGUCCAGGAGGUCAAGGUGCAGAAACACCCACUGAAAAAGCCCACCAAGGAGAUCCGAGCAGAGCAGGCGGAGGACUCCGACGACUCGGGUCACAUUAGCAACACCCAGCUGUCCACCUCGACAUCCACCAGCAACUCCACCGGAAGCCUCUGCGAGUCCGAGGGCGAUGACUCCGCCGAAGAGCCACUGCCUCAGAUCGAGAAGCCGUGUUGCAAGUCCAACAAAAUCGCCGAGUUGCUGCAGAAAUUUGAGGCAGCGGCUGCCAAAGAGAAGCCAUCGCCGGCGCCGGUGGUGGCCAGUAAAGUGGUGGCCCAGGUGCAGGCGGUGCGUUGCAUUCAGACCCAGGUGGAGAUCUAUCCCACCUACACGAAAGAGGUAACUAUGCGGCUGCACUGACCUGGCCGAAGAUCCUCCGCUUCCGAUCCUCCCCAGCCCAGCCCAGCCCAGCAAUCUUAACUCUCCGUAUCUGCACUCUAUACUUUUAAAUCUUUUUUAUUUUUUUCUCUAACUAUCUAACUUUUACUGUAAAUGGAAUAAAAAUAUUUAUUGUACAAAAUA